AUGGCCGAGGAAGAACGGCCGGAAUCCGAAGGUGAGCGCGAUAUGUCCGAUUCUGAGUCAGAAACUGAACUUGACCCUGGGGAGUACGAAAAGCGACGCGACUUGUGUCUUCGACAAAUAAUAUUGGCUGAAAUCCAAUUUAACAAGCUAAAGAUCGUUCUUCGGGAUUUGAAAGUAAGGCAGCUUAUGAAACGCCGACAAGAUGUAUUAAAUCAGACUGAUCCUGAGUUCAUAGCCAAACAGCGAGAACUUUUGGAAGAGUGUAAUGCUCGUAAUAAG